GGAAGUUCCACUCUCCGUUGUUCGGAAAUGAUAAGAACUUAAUUUUUCAAUUUGAUAAAUAAUAAAUGGAAUUUAGUAGCACUAAGAAUUAAGGCAUUCAAGUACAGAAUUUGAUAAAACUGUCCAAGAUCAAUUAGUGUCAGUGUCCUCGAAAAAUAUUAAAAACUGACGGGGUUAAAAAAGUGCUAAAGUUUUGUGUUCGUUUUUUUUUGGUGUAAUAUUAUAGUGAAAACUUAUGAGCGCGUUUGGGAUAAAUGGUGAAUAGUUUUAGUUUGGUUUUCAAAGAGAGGAUAAGGCUGAGUUAUUAAUUUUUAUAGUUUGGAGUGGCCAACUAAGAGAUAGCCAUGUGGUGGCAGAUAGCUCCCCUAUGGCUUUUAUUAGUUGUAAAAAUUAUUUUUUUAGCACAAACAAAUGCCCAAUAUCAACAAUACCCUGGUCAAAGGCAAAGAUUCAGACAACCAGGUCCCUACGAACCAAGAAGGCCACAUCCCUGCGAAAAAAGCUCAUGUUAUCCUGCAACCGGUAAUUUACUUAUCGGAAGGGAGAAUCAGUUGUACGCAUCUUCCACAUGUGGGUUACACAAACAAGAAAGAUACUGCAUUGUAUCUCAUUUAGAAGACCAAAAGGAAAAGUGUUUCUGGUGCGACUCUAGCUCUGGCGAGAAAUCGAACUUGAUCAAAAGCCAUAAUGUUAGUAAUAUUGUGUACAAAAUGUACCCAGGGACUUUGCAUAAAACCUGGUGGCAGUCUCAAAACGGCAAAGAAAACGUGCACAUUCAGCUGGAUUUGGAGGCUGAAUUCCACUUCACCCACACGAUGAUUACGUUCAAAACUUCUAGGCCUGCAGCUAUGCUAAUCGAAAGAUCUUAUGAUUUUGGGAAAACGUGGCACGUUUACAGAUAUUUCGCGCACAAUUGUACGGAAAGUUUUCCAGGCAUAAAACAGGGUCACCCUGCAAACCUUACAGAUGUUGUUUGCGAAUCUCGUUACUCAGGAAUUGAUCCUUUAACUGAUGGCGAGGUUAUCUACAGAGUGCUGCCACCUACGCCGGCCAUAUUAAAUCCGUACUCUGAAUUGGUGCAGAAGUUACUUAAAAUGACCAACUUGCGUAUUAAUUUUACAAGAUUACACACGCUCGGUGACGAUUUAUUGGAUAGGCGUGAAGAAAUCCAGGAAAAAUAUUAUUAUGCCAUCUAUGAUAUGGUUGUAAGAGGCUCUUGUUCCUGUUACGGGCAUGCUAAUAGGUGCCUACCUCUACCUGGUAUAGAACCCAAACCAGAUAUGGUACACGGCAGAUGCGAGUGUACGCAUAACACUAAAGGAAGGAAUUGUGAACAAUGUGAAGACUUCUUCAACGAUCUACCUUGGAGGCCUGCGAUUGGGCAGCAAACCAACGCCUGUAAAAAGUGUAAUUGUAACAACCACGCGACUAGUUGUCACUAUGAUGCAGCGUUAUUCGAAGCCACUAAACAAGUAAGUGGAGGAGUUUGUGAUGGGUGCCAGCACAACACAAUGGGGCCAAAUUGUGGCACCUGCAAACCUUUCUACUACAAAGAUCCUCUAAAAGACAUACAAGAUCCUGAAGUUUGUAAAGAAUGCGACUGUGAUCCUCGUGGUUCCCUGGAGGGCGGCAUUUGCGACUCCGUGACCGAUCCAGAAAACGGCGUGGAAGCCGGACGCUGCCAUUGCAAGACCAACGUGGACGGCAGACGUUGCGAUCAAUGUACAAACGGUUUUUGGAAUUUCACCGAGUCUAAUCCGGAUGGUUGCCAGAAGUGCGAUUGCGACCUUUUCGGUACCGUUGACAAUCAGGGUUGUAACGUCGACUAUGGUACCUGUACUUGUAAGCGUUACGUAACCGGGCGUAAUUGUAACCAAUGCUUGCCUGAGUAUUGGGGAUUGUCCGAGGAAGAUUACGGAUGUAAGCCUUGCGACUGCGAUCCUGGCGGUUCCUUCGACAAUCACUGCGAUGUCAUUACUGGACAGUGUAAGUGUAGGGAUAACAUGACUGGAAGAAACUGCGAUACGCCUUCACAGCAAUAUUUCACUGUAAGUUUGGACUAUCAAACAUACGAGGCUGAAUACGCCCAUUCCAGCGGUCAGGUUGUAAUUCGGGAACCUUACAGAGAUGGCAGGGAGGAUAGCUGGACUGGUUCGGGUGUCGUUAAAGCCACUGAAGGGCAAUACUUACAGUUUACGGUCGAUAACAUUCAGACCUCAGCUGAUUACGAUAUUCUUAUCAGAUACGAACCAACUUUGCCCGGCGCUUGGGAGGAUAUUGAUGUAAGGAUUCAAAGGCCUGACAAUAUCGAUCCACAUGGUCCUUGUGCCGACUAUAACCCUCAAUACGAUUACAAGAGGGUUGCUCUAGUGUCAGAUAGAAGAUCUGUUAAAGUGGUACCAUCUUCCUGUUUUGAGGCUGGAAAAACCUACACUGUGACGCUGGAAUUCAAGAGAUACAACUUUGACAAAGAAUCACCGUCGGCUUCUGUACUUAUCGAUUCCAUAGUUUUAAUACCAACAAUUCAUAAACUACCUAUUUUCCAUGGUUCUGCGGCUGCAGAUGCCAGGUUGGAUAACUACACCAGGUAUAACUGCGAACAAUAUAUUUAUGAGAUUGGGAGGAAUGACAUACCGGACAUUUGCCGAAAAUACCACGCCAGUAUUGGAGCGUAUAUUCUCAACGGAGCAGCUUCUUGCCAAUGUGACCCGACGGGGUCUGUUAGUAAAAUUUGCGAAUCUAACGGAGGUCUUUGUACUUGUAAAACAAACGUUAUUGGUAGGAGGUGCGAUCAAUGUGCACCAGGCACCUACGGAUUCGGCCCAGAAGGAUGCAAAGCUUGCGAUUGCAACAGUAUAGGCUCCCUUAAUAACUUCUGCAACGCCACCACGGGUCAAUGUAAAUGCAGGGCGAAUACCUAUGGUAGAGAGUGUGACCAAUGUAGAACUGGGUUCUGGAACUUCCCUAAUUGCCAGAGAUGCGACUGUAACGGGCAUGCCGAUAUAUGCGAUUCCAAAACGGGGGCUUGUACGAGUUGUAGAGAUAACACUGAGGGUCACUAUUGUGAAAGAUGCAUUCAGACCUUCUAUGGAGAUCCUAGAAUUGGUGUGGAUAUACCUUGUAGAGCCUGCCCUUGCCCCGGCCUACCUGGCACCAACCAUUCCUACGCUGAAAGCUGCACUUUAGAUACAAACACAAAGGGAGUAAUGUGUGAAUGUAGAGAAGGCUAUUCGGGCUUCCAAUGCGAUGUCUGCUCGGAUAAUUACUUUGGCAACCCUGAAGUACCCGGUGGCUCGUGCGAAAAAUGCGACUGCAACAAAAAAAUCGAUCUGUUCGUUCCUGGAAACUGCGAUCCACACUCGGGAGUUUGCAAAAAAUGCCUGGACUUCACUGCUGGCGAUCACUGCGAAGUCUGCAAACCCGAUUACUUCCGAACAGCACCCGAGCAAUUGUGCCAACCAUGCGACUGUUAUUUCCUUGGCACCAAUCAAACAGCAGGGUCCUGUGAAGCUGAAGGUGGCCAAUGUCAUUGCUACCCGAAUGUUACCGGCUCGAGUUGCGAGAGAUGCGCUCCUUUGCACUGGAAAAUAGCCAGCGGCGAAGGUUGCGAGGCCUGCGAUUGCGAUCCACAGGGUUCCCUGGAUUUACAAUGUCACGAGUUCAAUGGCCAAUGUGCAUGCAAAGAGGGUUUCGGCGGAAGACAGUGUAACCAAUGCGAGGCCAACUUUUGGGGUGACCCGAAAGUCGAAUGCAAAAGAUGUCAAUGCGAUUCGAUUGGUUCCAAAACGUCGCAAUGUGAUAUGGAUACGGGUGCCUGUGUUUGCUUGUCUGGCAUUGGCGGAUAUCGUUGCGAUAAAUGCGCCAGAGGUUUUAUCGGCAACUCGCCGCACUGCCAGCCUUGCGGCGAAUGCUUCGAUAACUGGGAUAGAAUUUUACAAGAAACCAAAAAUAAUACUCUCGAUAUCAUUGAACGUGCCGGAGAUAUUAAAAAGGUCGGUGCUACUGGAGCUUACACUAAAGAAUUCGAUGAUAUGCAGGCUCAACUGGAUGAAAUUGAAGGAUUAUUAAAUAAUAUUAAAGAUGCCAAGAUUGACGAUUUGGAAAAAGAAUUACAGGAGUUGAGAAACCAGAUUAACGAGACUGAAAACGGACGGUUGAAAGAAGUCGAGGGAAUAUUGGAUGACACCCAAGAAAAUCUUUACCUUACCGAGUUAAACGUUAAAAAUCUAAACGCCAGCAUUAUUGACCUUAAAAAGAAAACCAAGGAACUGGAAGAAAAUGGUACAAAACUACAAGAAACCAACGUCAGGGGUGCUUUAACCCUUAUCAAAAAUGCCAAGGAAAAGGCUGACAUUGCCGCUCAUAAAGCCCAACACACAUACGAAACCAUAAAGGACGCCGAUCUUCGUUGUAAAGCCACAGAAAACCACCUGAACUCUACCGAAAAAUCCUAUAAGCAACAACUCGAAACAAACAAAAACACCUUAAUUGGAAUACUCGAUAAAAUAAAAGCCCUCAACAAGGAAAUUCCGGAUUUAAAUAAUCUGGUAUGUGAUGGUCACGGAGAUCCAUGCGAUUCUAUAUGCGGAGGUGCUGGAUGCGGCAGUUGCGGAAAUCUAUUUUCCUGCGAUGAUGGUGCCAAGCAGCUUGCUGAAGCUGCUGUAAGCUUCGCCAAUAGCACUGAAACUACAUUGAAGCAGAAGGAAUCCGAAGCUAACGAGUUCAUACGAAAUGUUUCCUUGGUCAAUACAGAGAAAACCAAGGCUUUAGCCCAAGAUACUUUCGAUAGAAUCAACGCUUCAUCCAGCAUUUCUAAUAAAACUUUAAAUGAAGCUCAUGCGUUACUGAAGAAUAUAAGGGAUUUCUUAGCACAGAAUCAUACCAAACCAGAAGAGAUGAACGCUAUUGUAGAACAAGUUUUGUCUACAAACAUGAAUCACAGCAGAGCUGAAGUCGAGAAGCUAGCCAAACAAAUUAAGGAUGCAGUCGAUAGGUUGACUAAUACAGAUAAAAUAAUAGCGGCCACCAAACACCAUUUGGAGAAGGUCAACCUGCUGAAAGCACAGGCUUUAGAUGCAAAGGAAAAGUCUAAGAAUCUCUUGAAUGGUGCUGAAGAUAUAAAAUCUUCAUUAAACAAAACGAACCAGGCUCAAAAGGAGGCAUCUGAUGCUAUUGAUGCUGCCUGGCAAGAUUAUCAACAAGUUGAAUCCAGAUUACACGAGAUUGGAAAUAAAACUCAAGAGGCAAAAACCACCACUUCAGCAAUUACUACGAACAUUCAAAGGAUGAAGGAACGGCUUAACGACUUGCAGAACAACAUCACAAAUAACGGGAUAUAUGCGGAUAAAAUAAUCAACGAAUCCGCGCAUAUAUUGAAAAACGCCGAAACGACUCAAAAGGAAUUCGACCAAUUAAAAAAGAAGUACGCUGACGCUAAAAACAACCUGCACAAAGAAUUGUCAAGGGUGAAAACUGCGAAGGAGAAAUCAAAAGAAUUAAUAACGAAAGCCUUAAGUUUGGGGGCGAAGGUGACAAAAACUCAGGAGGACAUCGAGAAAUUGGAGAAGACGUCCAAAGACGACGUCCUGAAUCAUUUGCAAAACAAAUUGGAUCGUCUUAUUAAAGAGAUGAACGGCCACACUGAGGAGUUGGAGCGAAAAGUCAACUACUACGAGGAAUGUACAACUGCCUAGAGAUAGAAACUAAUUAUUUUAUUCUUAUAGUGCCAAUGAGCUUGUACAUAUAUUUUUUAUACCUAUGUUGUAGAUCCUAAUAUAUAUUUUUAAUUCGAAAUUAUUUUCCUUGAAUUACUAAUUAAUGUUAAUCACUGCCGAUUUUGUGGGCACUGUAUUUAUUGAUUUUAAGUAUAAAGUAGUUGUUGGUUAAUAAAUUUUCAUCGAAAAGUUUUUUACGUCUGUGAAUAAAAGAUUUCAGCAAAU